AUUCCAGUGUUGCCUGACCUCUUUAAAACGAAAACACGGAGCACUAGAAUGAGAGGCCUGUGGAUUGGUGCGAUGCCACCCAGAUGGGCCGCCCAGCGAAAUAAGGUCUGAAGCACCUCAGUCGUUUGUUUGCUUGGUGCGUGCUUUGUUUCCCGUUUGUGGUGUGUGUGUGAAUGCGAGCGUGUGGUAAGCAGGAACGAAAGCUGAGAUACAAAAACACGUCCCAUUGGUCACACAAACCAUCCUUUCCUCUCCCUCUCCCCUCUCUCUUCCUCUCCCUCCUCCUCUCUCUCGCUCGCGCGGGUGGUUUUCUGUUGGUAGACUAUGAGGGAGGAACAUACAUGUGUGCGCUUUUCUUUUUUCGAUCCUCUACCUCCUACUGCAAUGCAUCGAGGACAACGCUAACCCUUAGCCUUCGCCUUCGAGACCAUCCUCAACAGGUCCUUGAUGGGACCAUUUACAGUGAGAAGAAGCAUGACCAUCCUCUCCUUUAAAAAGUCCCAUGGGCUAGUCUAGUAAAAACUGCCAGUGCAUGUAGAUGGCGGUGUCCAGCAAAAAAAGAUGGUCCAGCAUCGGUAGCGCUUUUAAUCGACAAUUGUGUAGGUG